AUGUUUGUCAAGACGGAUAUGAGUUUUGGUGUUAACGAGGUGCUGCUUGCGAGUGUGCUGGGGAGUGUCGUGUUUAGUCUGUUCGCUGCGCAGCCGUUGGUUAUUGUGGGUGUUACAGGCCCCAUCACGGUCUUCAACUACACGGUAUACGACAUCAUAACACCACGCGGCACGAACUACUUCGCCUUCAUGUGCUGGAUUGGGAUAUGGGCUCUGAUCUUCCACUGGAUCCUUGCCAUUACAAACUCUUGUAACGGUCUUCGCUACGUCACCCGCUUCUCUUGCGACAUCUUCGGAUUUUACGUCGCCUUCAUCUACCUGCAAAAAGGCAUCCAAGUGCUGACCCGCCAGUGGGAAGUCAGCGAUGCCUCGGCAUAUCUAUCGAUCAUGAUCGCACUCCUCGUCACAGUCGUGGCCUACCUCUGCGGCAUUGUCGGCCAAUCCGCACUCUUCCCACGGCACGUCCGCAAGUUCAUCGAAGACUACGGCACACCCCUCACCGUAGUCUUCUUCACCGGCUUCGUGCACAUCGGCAAGAUGUCCGGAAUCGAACUCCUCAAACUUCCCACCUCAAAAUCCUUCUUCCCCACCACCGACCGCGGCUGGUUCAUCCACUUCUGGGACAUCAGCGUCUCGGACGUGUUCCUCGCGAUUCCCUUCGCCAUCCUCCUCACAAUCCUCUUCUGGUUCGACCACAACGUCUCCAGCCUCAUCGCCCAGGGCACCGAGUUUCCCUUGCGAAAACCCGCAGGCUUCCACUGGGACAUCUUCCUCCUCGGCCUGACAACAGGUGUUGCGGGCCUGCUAGGUAUUCCCUUCCCUAACGGCCUGAUUCCGCAGGCGCCCUUCCACACCACCUCGCUCUGCGUGACACGCACCGAGACCGACGAAAAGGGUUACACGAAGCGCAUCACAGACCACGUUGUCGAGCAGCGCGUAUCCAAUCUCGCACAGGGCCUUCUCACGCUCGGCACUAUGUCCGGUCCUUUACUCAUCGUCCUGCAUUUGAUCCCACAAGCCGUACUCGCCGGCCUGUUUUUCGUAAUGGGCAUCCAAGCCCUCGAAGCAAACGGUAUCACCGCGAAACUCAUGUUCCUCUUUACUGACUGCCAACUCAUCUCGCCUUCCGAGCCUCUGUCCCAAAUUACCAGGAAGUGGGUGGUAUGGGCAUUCGUAGGACUGGAGUUGGUUGGAUUUGGCGCGACAUUUGCUAUCACCCAGACUAUUGCUGCAAUUGGGUUUCCGGUGUUCAUUCUCUUAUACAUCCCUAUGAGAACCUUGUUGAUGCCACGCCUCUUCACGCAGGCUGAGCUGAGGAUUCUAGAUGCCCCGACAGCCAGUCCGUUUACAAUGGAGAGUGUGGGCGGGAAUCAUGGGCAGAUGCAUAACGACUCGAGUGACGAGACGCUUGAGGAGGCUGAGAGGGGCGAGAGUGAGGGUGCGCUGAGGCAGCGGAGAGCGAGUGUUGGGGGCGCGAGUCGGCGGCGGACGAGUUUCAGGAGCGGUGAGAGUGUGGAGAUAGAUAGGAUUCACAAGUCGUAA